GAUGCUACGUGACAGCCUUUCUUGCUGUCUUUCAAAGGUGUAUCUUACUUGCAUGUGGUCUUGCACAACAACCUACUAUUGAUUUGUCACUGCUUUUGUAAUGGUCAAAUGUUUUCUAGUUCUGGUGUUGCAAAAAAGAUAAGGUGUCCCUUAUCCUACAGGAGCCAUUCCAGCUCCCCUAUGUUCGUAAUGUUGAAACCUACUCCUCUACUCUCAGUUUCUGGCUCUAGGGGACUGAAAUGUGCCAGUAACUGAGAACUGUCUUAGGAAUGGUGUGUGGGGGUUAUGAAAUAAAGACACUAAAACCUAGGUAGCUGGAGCCUCUGAACCUGAAGAUCUGUAGAAGCACUUGUUUUAAUAAACAUUCUCAAAAUGGUAGGUCAGGCUAUCAGCAGAGGAAGUAAACCUUGCAUCAAAAAAACCUCACCAGCCCCUGAGAACUACUGCUUACUCUGAUAAGGGAAAGUUUGGUUUGGGGUGGGGUGGUUUUUUGGUUGGUUGGUUGGUUUGGGGUUUGUUUUUUUCAGGGGAGGAGUUGUUUUUUUGUUUGUUUGUUUCCCCCAAGUUUCUGGGUUAUGGCAGAACCUAUUCCAGAAAAUUUAUAUAUACUAAUAAAUUGUACCUUCUAAGUUACCCUUUUUUCCCCCUCAAAUAACUGAUUAUGUAACAACUUGUUUGGCUUACAAAACUGAUCACUGACCCCAAAUGAAGGCCUUCAACUGAAAUCUGCAAUAUGAUGAACAUGUGUUGUCAGUGUCACACAAGCAAAGAAGAAACUUCUGACCCUUGAACUAGAAGAAGCUUGUGCUUGCCCAGGCCAAGUCUGUCCCCUUUGAGUUAAACUGUUCCCUUAAGCCUGAUGGUCUCUCCUGUGGCUUCUGGGUAGUCAGCUUUGGUGUCCUUUGCCCACGUAAAGGAACACUUUUGAUAGCUUCCUGUCCAGUAUUUCUACAACGCUUCCUGGCAGGUGGCCAAGCAUGUGGUUGCCCUUUCCCUUGUUACACGGUAACUGCCAACCAUAGUGACCAGGAUGGCUUCCAGGAGCUGUUGGAGGAAAAGACAGGCUGUUUUGCUGCCCUGGAGGGAUCGGAUGGGUUUGUAGACCUUUUCAAGCUUAGAACUGAAGAGGCCUGAGUCCUUGUCUUACAACUAUGUUGGUGUCAGGACUCUUGUGGGAAUGGAAGCAAGGGGUUUUUUUUCUGGCUUGCAGAUCCUUACUUGGAGGAAGGACUUCUCGGAGACCUGCACAGAAAAGUAAUGAGCUGUUACAUCUGUGUUGCUGGCCCAGCUAGUCAGACUGGGUAGUGGCAGAGCUUGCACGUAGGAGCUACAAGUCAGGUUUAUUCUCUCGGUUUCCUGAUAGAAAAGUGUGUUUAUUGUCAGUUUAAAGAGGUUCAGAAUUUUAGACAUAGAAUGGCUUCAGAAAGGAUUUAUUAUUUUGAGCUCUGCGUGUCAGCUUCCUGUCAGUGCAGCAUGCUGUAACAUUGCCUUCUGCAACAUCAGCAAGGAAAAAAGUGAUCCAAAGAACUGUUGGUAAAGGAGCAAUUACAGUACUCACCAACAUUCCUCAGAAUUUAAUUUCUAAACAACUAAGGAUGAUAUAUAAAUUAGUCCACCCCACAAUAAUGUUCCACUUGAAUUUUUAAGGUGUAUGGGAGAAGGAGGAAAAGACCUUGAUUUUUCUAGUAUAUGCCUUUAAAAUACUCAUGACUACAAUACUGUAGAUAUGACUCGUGCAUAGCAAACUGGUUGCUCAUAGCUACAGUGUCAUAGAUAUGACUCUUGUGCAUAGCAAAUGAGUUUUAAACAGGCAUUAAACCUAAAAGGUUUGGCACUAACCAAAAGGCCAGUGAAAUAUCGAUCAUCAGUAACAAACCUCAUUCUCCAUGACAGGACAUUAUCGUGACUCUGAUAUAAUAAAAAAGAGCUGUAUAUGUGCUGAUUUCUUUUUUAGCAGUUCAAUAUUGUGAAGUCAGUACACUUAGCCAAGUUGAAUGCUAAAUAUAGACUGAAAGGGGCAGUCUGUUUCAUAGCUGUCUUUAUGGGUCCUGCAGGACUCAACAGGUUCCUAUGGGUCUAAAAGUAGAGAGAAGAACGGCAGAACAAGUUUUCUUCACAUGAUUUUCACUGACUGAUUUCUUCCAUACUGGCACAUUAACUGAAUUAACUCAUGUUGUAAGUAAUGUUUCAUUCUGCUGGGUUUUAACCUUUUAGAUUUUAUUUCGUUUUCUGUGAAGAAUUUUUAGUGUGUUUUCAUUCUACGUUCUAAUUUUACCUCAGCAGCUUAAGAAGAAAUUUAAAAGUUGGAUCGGAGAAAAAGUCUUCAAAGUACAGGAUAAAGUGAACCUCAAAACCCCAGUGUUUAGAUUAGUUUGGUGGGAAAAUAAUCAAUACUUUUGGCCAAUGACACUGAUGUCUGUAACCUUUCUCCUUUGUUUGUCAUGUCAAUGGAAUCAAACAAAUGUAAUGUAAACUUUGUUGAAUUAAUAAUGGUUAUCUUCCCUGUGGUUACAUGCACAAAUGCUUAAAAAAUUAAUAGUAAAUGCAGAAACUUAUAAUUCAUAUCAGUAAUGAAUCUUAUUACAGCUUAAGUUGUUAAGAAGAGUCUUCUCUGAAGUUGCAGGGAGGUACUAAUCAAAAUAUCCAAGAGAAACAACUGAUCUUCAGAAGCUAAAAAUAACCAAAAGCCUUUGUGCACGAGGUGCUAACUUUUAGUAUGCUGUUCGAAUGCAGGGCUCUGUAGUGAUCGCAGUUGGCUACAGAUGUGCAUGUGGGGAGAGAGCAGAGCCAGUGCUGGCAGGGACGUGGUUCGCAGAUGUGCUGCCUGGUGCCACAUGAUGUUCUAGAGGAAGGAGAGUGGACACAGCUGUCUGUUCUGAAGUUACUGCUGCACACCUAAACGUCAUACACUAGAUACAAUGGAGAGGCCUUCCUUGGAAAUUAACCUGCCUGAUACUCAUGAAGAAGGAAAACUUUAUGUAGUUGAUUCCUUAAACAACCUAAACAAGCUAAAUGUUUGUCCAGAUGAAUCCCAGCAUUCACUAGAUGAGGAGAACACUGAUGGCACUGGAGAAAACAUGGCAGGGAGCAACACAAGAAAUCAGUGUUUGUUCUUCGUCACUUUUAUUCUUACUUUGAUCAUCAGUUUGGCACUUGUUUCAUUUGUAAUAUUCUUAAUAAUCCAGACUAGAAACAAGAUGGACCAAAUAUCAAGCAGACUACUGUCUGAAAAGAAGAACAUAGAAGAGCUGAAGAAAAUUAACAAUAUUUUAUUAAAGCAUCUAAAUCAAUCAGGGAUUAAGCAUAAGUCUUCUGAUCUUCAUGAUUACUUAUUUUCCCACGCUGAGCUCAAAGUCCCUGGAGAGUAGAUCUUCUUUGGAAUGAAAUUCAGCAUAUUCAUGACUCAGAUAUUUGUACAUAUGUCACACAGAUUGCUUAAACAUUCUGAUAUGGUCACCAGAGCAUUGGAAAAGCCAGCUGAAUGAAAAAUAUUAGAAAAUAAUAUUUUAUCCUGGUUUAUUUGGACAUAGAUUUUUAAAACUAAGCCCAUUGGAUUCACAAUAAACAACAGUAAGGGCCUAGUUUUACUUGAAAUGUAAGUGAAUGAUCACAGAAAAUCAUGAUUUCUAUUCACAUGAUUCCAGCAUGACCUUGUUCAAUUAAUCAUUCUCCUGUUUCUUUGGUACAAGUUUUGUGUUUGUUUUUAAUAUUAUUUGCAUUUAAGGAUAACUUUGGAUUUCAUAACUUAUAAAUAAAUCCAUUUCUGCCAUAGA